AUGGCUCUGCACGGCUUUGGUCAGCACUUAUGGGACCUUGGGGACGGAAAGCUGAAGCCCAUACUUCUCUACUUAUCUCUGAUACUGUUUUACAUUGAGAUCUUCAGGACACCCCAAUUCCUAAGGAUAUCCUAUAUCUUCCUUGCGUAUAUGAUUCUCAACACCUUAAUCAUCCUAUUCAUUGUACUUUUCGCCUGCAAACCAGUAAACUCCUUCUGGGACCGAGAUAUCAAAGGCGAAUGCAUUAACAUUCAGGCCAUGGCAUAUGCAGCCUCAGCUUCUGCGCCCGUACAAGACCUCGUUUUGUUGAUAUUGCCAAUCGCUUUCAUCCGAAACCUUCAGAUGAAGCGCUUUCGCAAGGUCGCUGUCGGCUUCAUGUUCUGUAUUGGUACAUUUGGAUGCAUCGCCACCAUCAUGCGCUUGCCUUCGCUUAGCACAUUCAAAAUCUCGAUCGAUCCCUCCUGGGACUACUCCGCAAUUACCAUCUGGACCGAGCUGGAAUUGUGUGCCGGCUUCUUAUGCGUAUCCCUACCAUCGAUUCGCAUGCUCCUAGUCCGUCUACUCCCUCAACGCGUCCGGGACUUUACCUCGAGCCUGUUCCACUCCUUGCGGAGCAAACCUACCCCACGACCCGUUGUGACCCCCGAACAGCGUAGCUGGAAGAAACCCUCGUCGUGGAUCGACAUAUCAGCGAAUAGUACCGAUUUCUCUACCUCGAGCUCGGGCGACAAAAAUCUUGAGCUCUUGACGCUCGGUCCCGACGUCCGCGGAAGUUUCAUGAGCGCUUUCUGGAAUCGUAGAAGUACCAGCGGCACGCAGCUAAGUCAAUUAUCACAUCUUCGCAGCGGCUCGCUGCGCCUCGAGUCGGUAACGAGCAAUAUCACCGAGUCGAGGGUGGCAGUCAAACAGGUGGAGAUGCUGGAUGUGCCAAAAGCGAACCGCUAUACAAAAGCGAGUGUGGCGAGUCAGAGGAGCGAUGAGGAGCACAUUACGGCACUACCUCAUAUUGGGUGUAUAUCGGAGACAACGCGGUCGGGCUUGGAGCAAACGAAUUCUGGCGUACCUCGGUGGAUGCGAGCGGUCUGGCUCAAGAACUCGCCCUUUUACCUCUUCCCAGUAUCCGCCGGUGCGCUGCUUGAAUAUGGCUGA